CCUUCGAAAAAGGCGACCCAGGGAUCUCGCUUACGACAGAAACCCCAGGGUUUAUGGUGGGCACAUGGAAUACAGUGGUGCAUUUGUCAAAGGUUCAGCCUCGCAAAAGGCAGUCUGUUUGCUUCUCUCCCACUUGCAGUCUGCACUGCGGGAGCCUGCCAACGACCACCCUCCCAAUAAAACAAGGAGCACGCUGCAUACCCGCAACUGCAUACUACACACGGCAUUCGGAACACUUCAUUGAUAUAUGAGACGCACGCAUGGAUCAUCAUGAGUGACAUUGGCAGCAGCAGCACCGUUUCGAAUAGCCUCGGCUCACCGACAAAGCGAAAUGAACCUGCUGGCAGCACCAGCAACCGCCCAACAGGAGCGGCCAGUACCACCGCCGCCGCGGGUGCUUCCCUGUCCGAGCGCAUAGCGGCUCUACAACGAGCAAACAUCACACCGGAUUCCUCACCACGACUGCCGAGCGCACUGGGGGGUAGCAGCGCCUCCAUAAAUGGAGACUCAUCGUUCACCUCACCGCGUGCGGCUACUGUUGCACGCUCCAUCUCCGCGUCAGUAUCCGGCGGUGGCAGUAGUGGCGGCCCGAAUGCUGUGCGUGACCGCAUCGCUCGCUUCCAAGCGACUGCCGCGACUGAGGCGCCACUGAUCCCGCGCUCGUCAUUCGGCGCGCCCGCUCCAAAUCCCGACGUGCUCAAGAGCUCCAAGCGGCUCAAUUUCCCCGGCAGCCUUGGCGCUGGCGGCAUGGGAACCGGCAACUGGGGCGAGACGCUCCGGCCGCAGCUGACCGGCGGCAGCUGGCUCCAGAUUGGAGGGUCCGGCGCAUCGCAUGGCAGAGAGGGCGAGAUGAGACCGCAGUUAACUGGAGGCAUAUGGGGCGUAAAGACCAUGCCCACUGGUCGAGGAGGUGCGCCGUUCCCAGCGCCCGCCCCACAGCAGGUGCAUCCAGCACUGCCGCCCACGCCUCCUUCCUUGAAUAAAUACGGCACGUCACCGUUCGCAUCCGCGCCGAAGAUCUUGGGCGGCGGCGCCGAUGCAUUCGCCGAGCUGGACAACGAAGCGGAGACAGAGACGGCGCGGUACUACCGCCAGCAGCGAGAAGCGCAGGCGCAACACCGUCAGCAAAGGCUGGAGUUAGGGGCAGUUGCCUUAGUGGAAGAAGCUAGUACUGGCUCUGCUGCUGGUGCAAAGGGAGAUGCUGCGCAUGUUGAUGCGCGAGACGUAAGCCCUGGCUCAGGUGGACUCGAUAGCCUCAAAGGCAUGCGAGACGUCGUGCCAAGCUUCCCUAAGACUCCAGAUGCCGAGGUGAAUGUGGACGCCAUCGCUAGAGAUCGAGCGCGGUCAGCGGAUACCGGUGGUCCUUCGUUUGAGAAGGGGGAUGUCAAGUUCCCAACUCUGCCUGCAGUGCCACUUGAGACGCCGCGCAGACCGGCAAAUAAUGGCGUGCGGCUCUCCCCUUCAUCCGAGAUACGCGGUGCUCGGCCGGCCGAUGCCAGCGCUCUCCAAGGCGUUCUCGGUGACGAUGGCGGGCGGGAGGAUGACGCGGAUCGCAGCCUGCGUGAUCCGCUCAUCGAUGUCGGCGUGCAGGGUUCAACCCCGGAGAAGCUACGGCAGCUACAGGCGCGAGUGGAUAGUAUGAUCGACUCGAUAGACUGCCCUGCGCAUGGGCCGUCGACCAGUCGGACAGUACAUUCAGAAGACGUCUUUGGCUUCAUUGGGAGUAACGCGGAUGCGGUGCCGUCGAAGCAUGAAGCGAAAGCUGUUCGGCGACAUGCAUCAGCAAUUGGCACCGGUCAGGACGAGCAGUUGCAGCAAGCCGAUGCCUCAUCCGCAUCGAGCGAGUACUCGGCUGAGAGCGCCGAGACCCCCAGCUCAGCGGGUGCUGCUGUUCCUUCGAGUGGCGGAUCGGGCAUGCCGUCGAGGCAGCGCCAGCUAGGCCAAGGUCGCUGGGCAGCCGACCGUGCUGGGAAACAUGCUGCGAUGCAGAGCAACAUCGCAGAUGCACCGUUGUAUCCGGAUGCGGACGAGGAUGAGAAUGAUGGUGCUCGCCGAGCUGAUGCAAGUUACGAGGGGGAUGGCAUGGACGACGAUGAGUUCACCAUGGUCUCUGUGCCGUCGUCCGCCGGAUACGCAGACGAAGUGUCGUCCUUAUUCAGUUUGCGAUUAGGCACGACUCAUGCGGUGCCCGUAUCCGCCUCGGACUCGGCCGUCACGCUGCUCCACCACAACCACGGCUCGACACCCAAAAGCAAUGGCAUCGAGCUGCAACAGCAUCAGCAGCACAAUGGCGCUGCAGAUCGACAAGGCAGAGGCAAAGCUAGCAGCGAUACGCCUCAGUCAGCCAGUUCAGCGUCCAAUACACCAGCGCGGAGUAAGAGCCAGAAGCUCAACCGACCUCCAGUGGGACGCAUGAUGAGCGCUGCAGAGCUGGACGCCAGCGAUGAUGAUUAUGAACCGGGCUGGGCGAGCAUCUUAACGUCGCGAACCUCAUGAGAGGCAAACCAAGUGGGCCGCAAGCAGUGCCGACGCUGAAUGAUGGGCGGUGCUGACAGGACGCAUUCUUUAGCGGUCCACAUGCGCUAUGAAGGUUCCCCUUGGAUAUUCAGAGCCCACGAACAAAGCAUCACCACGUACACCUAUUGGGCGUGCGCUUCCAUCUCAUUUUAUUGUAGAUUACCUCAAUCCAAGAC